GUCGGCGUCCUAAAAGCCGACAUCCGGGCGUUCACUGUCCCGUUUUUGUCGUUGGUGUGUCCUAUCGCUAUCGUUAGAAUUAUAGUGUUCGCACUAUUAUUUUCUUUCUCCGUCGAUACAACCGUGUGUAAUUUAAGCAGCGUAAACAAUGGUUGACCAGCAAGAGAAGAAGGACUUCAGUGAGGAUGUUGCGGAGCAAAAUUUCGACAAGAACGGCGAUGCUGAGAGCGGCGGCAUCGGUGGUGGCGGAGACUCCGUAGAAAAUGGCCAGGACUCGCAGGAGGACAGAAAGUUAUUUGUCGGUGGCUUGAGCUGGGAAACAACUGACAAGGAAUUAAGAGAUCACUUUAGCACAUACGGAGAGAUUGAGAGUAUUAAUGUAAAGACAGAUCCUAAUACGGGGAGAUCGAGAGGUUUCGCCUUCAUUGUCUUCGCCAAAGCCGAAGCUCUCGAUAAGAUUAUGUCGGCUGGUGAUCACGUUAUCAACAAUAAAAAGGUAGAUCCAAAGAAGGCAAAGGCCAGACACGGGAAAAUCUUUGUUGGCGGUCUCUCGACGGAGAUGUCCGAUGACGACAUCAAAAACUUCUUUUCACAAUUUGGCAAUAUUGUCGAGAUGGAAAUGCCGUUCGACAAGACAAAGAACCAGAGAAAAGGGUUCUGCUUUAUUACGUUCGAAUCAGAGCAGGUAGUCAACCAGUUACUCAAGAUACCAAAACAGACUAUUAAUGGAAAAGCGGUGGACGUAAAGAAGGCGACACCCAAGUUAGAUGGAAUGGGUGGAAUGCGCGGCGGAAUGAUGGGUCGUGGUAGAGGCGUUCGAGGACGAGGUCGUGGAUUCGGAGGACAAGGUGGUUGGGGGCAAGGUUAUGGUGGAGGCUACAGCGGAGGUUACAGUCAGGGUGGCUACGGAAGUGGCUACGACGGUUAUGGUGGUUACGAUUAUUACGGUGGAGGUUACGGAGGUUACGGCGGCUAUGACUACAGCGGCUACGGCGAUGGCUAUGGCUAUGGCGGUGGUAAUUACGAAGGUGGCUACACGGGCGGGCGCGGUGGUGCACGCGGUGGUAAAGGUUCUCUUCCUCACUACAGAUCUCGUCGCUCGUCCAAUCAUCAUUCCAUCUUACCGCGUCCCUUCCAGAAGAUUUCAACAAACCACUAUACCGAGAAACCAUAAUCGAGACAGCAGUUAGCGAUUUCAUUUUAUAUUUAACUCCACGUCUAUAUGCUUCCCUUUCUGCCGUUUGCAGCCUAAGCCUGUAAUUGUUUUUCUCCUUUUUAACUGUGCGAUUGCGGUAGAAAAGUAAGCAUAUAAAAAAAAAAAUAAAUAAAAGAAAAUCACUGACAACAUUGAAUGUAUACUGAACAAAGAUGUGCAGUAAUUCAACAGUAUAAACAAUCUUGAAAGAAAUAAUGUUGCCGUAUAAUAGUUGAAAUGAGAUAAGAUAGUUAUAUAUAUAAAAUAAAAAGAUAUGUAAACACGGUAACACGCAAUAUAAAAAUAUUUGCGUUGUUACUGAAGAGUGCAUCGCUCGACAUUAUUUACAUUGUAACCUAUUUACAUAUUUUUUAUCUUGACACUCGGAUAUGCUGCAGAUGUAAGCAGUUUUUGGCUAAAUUAUAUUUAUGAUUAAUCAUAAAAAUUAAUUUCAAAAAUUUUGAUCGAUUAAACGGACGCGUCGUUUGUUUAACGUAAGUUGCGUUUUCCUCUUUACCAUAUAUUAUGUUAUAUCUUUCAAAAUAUAACAUCAUUAUGUUGUACAUAAUUGUAUUAAGUUUUGUUCUUUCUAACAUAAUAUCAUUUCUCUUGUACAUGUUCAAAAAAUAGAGGUAUAUGUUUAAAAAUGGUAGAAGAGAGAAAAAUGCAAGCGUUAUACGAGCUUCGCUAGAAAAAUUAUCGACUGACUAAUCUGACCGGCAUUAAGGAUCUAAUUUUCUCUCAAAAACUACAAGUUGCUAGAAAAAUGUAAAGCGCGUUAUCUACAUGUAAGCGAACAACAAAGAAGGAAGAUCGUGUAAUGAAUCCCUUAUUAGAGUGCAAGCGUGCGUGUGUCAGUAA